ACUUCCUUCAUUAAUGGUCAAUCUUCUGAAGUCGCAGAAUGUUGUUGACUGUUGAAAUGGAAGGAAAUCUCCCAAAUCAAACAUCUUGUUCCCCACUGCAUUCAACUGCCCUCCUCCGCCGACUUUCCGUCGCUCUCUCAUCCGACAUUAUAAAACCUCUCACUUUGUCUCUCUCAAGAACAUCAACAGCAACACACAAACACAUCUCAAUCUCAAACAUACAUCGUAAGAGUAAGACAGCCAUUUCCGUUACCAUGCAUAAGAGUAGUUCAGGGUCAUCACUGGGACCAGGAGGGCUGGACUUAACCCAGUCCUUCUUCAAACCCAUAUCCAGUGCAGCUCCUCCUUCCCCCACCAAGCGCCACACCAAGAUCUCCGUCGUCGGCGCUGGUAACGUCGGCAUGGCCAUUGCCCAAACCAUCUUAACCCAAGACCUCGCCGACGAGCUCGUCCUCAUCGACGUCAAUCCCGACAAGCUACGCGGCGAGAUGCUCGACCUCCAGCACGCCGCCGCUUUCCUCCCCCGCACCAAAAUCCUGGCCUCCGUCGACUACGCAGUCACCGUUGGCUCCGACCUCUGCAUAGUCACCGCCGGUGCCCGCCAGAAUCUGGGGGAGUCCAGGCUCAACCUGCUCCAGAGGAACGUCGCUCUCUUCCGGAAAAUCAUCCCCCCACUCGUCAAGUUCUCGCCGGACACCAUCUUACUCAUCGUAUCCAACCCGGUGGACGUCUUGACUCACGUGGCGUGGAAGCUAUCCGGGUUUCCCAGCAACCGGGUCCUGGGGUCGGGGACCAAUCUGGACUCUUCCAGGUUCCGCUUCCUCAUCGCUGAUCAUCUUGACGUGAACGCCCAAGAUGUGCAGGCUUACAUCGUUGGGGAGCAUGGAGACAGCUCAGUGGCUCUGUGGUCGAGCAUCAGCGUAGGGGGAGUGCCGGUGCUGAGCUUCCUAGAGAAGCAGGAAAUAGCGUACGAGAAAGAGACACUGGAGGAGAUCCACAAGGCAGUGGUGGACAGCGCGUAUGAAGUGAUAAGCCUGAAAGGGUAUACUUCGUGGGCAAUAGGGUACUCGGUGGCUAACCUAGCUCGGAGCAUACUGAGGGACCAGAGGAAGAUCCACCCAGUUUCGGUGCUGGCGAAGGGCUUCUAUGGAGUGGAAGGCGGGGAAGUGUUCUUGAGCUUGCCUGCGCAGCUGGGGAGAGGUGGGGUGUUGGGGGUCACCAAUAUACAUCUCACUGAUGAGGAGGAACAGAGGCUCAGGGACUCUGCUCGCACCAUUUUGGAUGUUCAAUCUCAGUUGAACUUGGGGAUAUGAUAAUCCAAACAUUAUUAUUACUAUAAUUAGGAGUAAAUUGGGUUUUUGUUUUAGGAUGAUGUGUCAACUUUUAAAUCCCUUAGAUUAAAUUUUAAUGAUGUGACAGCAUUACAGUGAAAAUAAAGCAGAUCAUGGCAGAGAAAAUCUAAGCAGAGGAUCUGGAUCCAUUCGGUAUACUCUUGUAUUAUUAUUUUCUGUUUAGUUGCUUAGU